AUGGGUGUCAGCAAAUUCUCCUACGAUGCGGUGCAUUGGUGGAUGAGCGAGAUCCAAGCCAGGGUUGUAGCUCAAUCUGGGAUUCCAGGUGACAGAUUCCAUGCUGGCAAAUUGAUUUUAGAUGCUCUUAAAGAUGUCCCUGACAAAGUUCUUCAGAUCGAUGGAGCUACUGGGGAAUCCGAAACAUUUGGAUCCGCAUUGAAGAGGUCUGUUCAAUGCGCCAACGCAAUGCGCAAGUUGGGCUUAAAACAUAAUGACGUCAUAAUUCUGAUGGGACCGAACCACAUCCACCUAACCAUACCGAUGUACGCUGCCUUCUAUCUUGGUGUUGGUGUAGCUGGGAUUGAUAUGGCCUUGGCCGUUAGGGAACUUCACGACACAUUCAGUUUCAACAAGCCUAAAAUCAUAUUUUGCCAAAGUGAGAGAGUCAAGGACGUAGAAACGGCUUUACAAGGACUCGAUUUCUCCUGCGAUAUAGUUACGUUUAAUCCGGGCACUUCCCGAACAAGUCUUUCAGAAUUCCUGGAUUCUGGAAAUGACGUCUCUAUAGAAGAUUUCAAAGCAUCCGACUUCGACACUUCAGAGACUGCAGCCAUGUUAAUAGCGACAAGUGGAACAACUGGCUUUCCGAAAUCUGCUGAAGUUACGCACAAGAAUAUGUUGUUAGGAGCGCCUUACAUGUGGUCAUAUUUCGAUACUUUCCCAUCGCCCACACCUCUGCCCAUAGCAAUAUCUCCAAUCCAAUGGUACUCAUCUAUAUUCUUGUUCGUGACAUGCCCCAUGAUGAGACAAACCAGGGUACAGUCAUCACACCCCAUGACGCAGGAGCACGCUUACGAAAUCAUAAACAAAUAUAAACCGUCAUUUGCGAUGUCCAGCCCAAACAUGUGGACCACGUUAUUCAAGCAAGGAGAUCGCGAUAAGUGUGACUUCUCAUCGUUUGAAAUCAUAUUAGCUGGUGGUAGUGCUAUGCCACCAACACUUGUGGACGAAAUAAAGAAAGCGACACCAAAUACGUUUGUAUUGAAUGUUUAUGGAAUGAGUGAAAUAGCCGGUUUGGGGCUUCUACAUGAUGUCACAAUUCCUCAAGCUGUUGGUAGACCAAUCCCAUACUUGAAAUACAAGCUAGUAAAUCUUGAAACUUCAGAGGAAAUAACGGAGCCACAUGUAAAUGGCGAACUAUGGGUUAAAGGACCAAGUAUUUUCAAGGGUUAUUACAACAAUCCUGAAGUAACCGCCCAGACUCUGACGGAAGAUGGCUGGCUGCGAACUGGAGAUAUUAUGUACAGGGACGAGCACUGGUUGUUCUAUUUCGUGGACAGGUUCAAGCUAUUAUUGAAAUAUAGGAAUAAUCAAAUAUCGCCGGUGGAAAUCGAAGCUUUAAUAAGCAAGCACCCUGGCGUCUUCGAUGUCGCGAUUACGGGGAUCCCCCAUCCAGAACACGGGGACUUACCCAUUGCCUUCGUUAUUCAACACGACGGCUACAACUUAAGUGCUGAAGAAAUAAAGGAUCUAGUAAAAAAUAACUUGACUGAUUCCAAGCAAUUGCGUGGCGGAGUCGUGUUUGUUAAGGAACUACCCCUGACACCGUCUGCGAAGGUAGAUAGAAAGAAACUCGCCGAAUUGGCAAAGCAAAUCAAGGCAGAUUAA